CUGAGCACAAUAAUACUUUUCCCCAUUUAUAGUACUACGGCAUAUUGUUAACAUCUAUUAUCUUUUGUAAAAUGAACACAUUAAGAUAAAUCUGCUAAUGGCACAAAGAUACAAUACACUUUACACUAUACAGCUGCAGCUAUUAUUGUUCUUAUUUUUUGGUCUUCACACACUGACCUUAGAUCAGUUUCACUCUGUUGGUUUAUUACAGGUGUUAAAAACAGAAAAGCAGAUAAGAUGUGGGCAGCAACAUACAAAGAACUACACAGGAAGAUCACUAGCAUAUAUAUAAUAUUAUGUCUUCAGGAAAUGGGUGUGUGAGGAUGUAUGUGCAUCACUACAUGUGCAUCAUUCCUUGUACUUCCUGGAUGUGACAUGAUCUCAAAUUUCACACCUUAACCAACAGAAUACUAAAAGUAUAGCAUAGCAGAAAAACUUCUUCUGAAUGCCAAUACUGAUGCUAUUUCCUUAUUCAAUAGUUUUUUUUUACUAGUUAGUACACAAUAAAACAAAUGUUCCCACCAACAAUUAAAUCAAUCAUCUGUUCUCUGUGUCUGCUAAUCAUGAGUUCCUAUAGACUGUUUCAUCGGACGCACAUGCGCUGAAGCGAUACACGUCUGGAUCCGAACCAUAGACUGUAAAAAAAGAUGGACAACGCGAUGUCGCCACCAUUGUAAUGAAUUGAAGGCAAAAAUGUCCGACCAUGGUCGCCGCCAUGUUACGUAAAAACGUCAGUUUGGAGCCAAGGCAUGCGCAGAAGGAAUCGUCCGUGGAGCCAGAGGCGGAGCCACGGUAUGAAACUUCCGCCUAAACGCUCGCUCGACCAAUUCAACCACGCCACUCAUAACGACACGCCCCGUUUCUAUGGCAUCAAAUUACAAGCUAAAAUGAAAGUUAACACAAUAAUUAACACUUGAACAUAUAUCAGCAUGAUAACAACUACCUGAAAGGACCAAAACCAUCUUUUGGAAACUUUUAUUGGAAGUGUAAAUAUUUUUUUUUAUUUAGAGCAGAGUCCCAUUCGUUUGAAUGGAGGGGGCGGGGUUAUGACUUGUACUGCAGCCAGCCACCUGGGGGCGAUCAAAGAGCCAGAGCCAUCACUUUUCAAGGAUUAUGAAGCACACCCGAUCCGAACUUUACUUCCGGUUUCGUUUUUUUAAUGGUCUGACUGGUUGCUAAACUGAUCUCUUGAACAAAUGCCUUGUCAAAAAUAACAAAUGUUUUGGUUUCCUUGAUAAUCUAUGUGGUGUUUUUGCUUGUUAUAUAAAUAAACUGCGUUUAAAGAACUUUGUUGUUAUUUAUUCUUAGCGGAGUUUAUCGGAAGUUACGUGCGGACCACGGGAGCCGCUUGUUUAUGUUGUUACUGCUGAAACCGUCUAUAGAGUAGUAUUGCAUCCUUCAUAUCUCAGAAGAGUCUUUAGUUUUAUCAGAUUUAAAAAAGACAGAUCAACUGUACUGCUACUUUCCGAAAAAAAAAAAAAAAAACGACCCCCUGGAUGCGUACUGCAGGCGGAGCUUGUAAUACACACUAAACAUUAUCCCACUAUCUUUGGAUAACUUAUAAUUCACUACAUGCUCAUGUUGCUUACAUUAUUGUAUUAAUGAUUACAUAUAUUUUCGUGUUGUUUUAUCUUUAUCUGUUUACUGGCCAAUGAUUCACUGAAUAAACACUUUAUAAAAACAUUAUUCUUGCAAUUGUAUGUUGUGCUAAUGGCACAAAGAAACAUGCAGCACACAACAGCUACACUAUGCAUACCUAAACUAUUUUUGAUCUGACCUGAGAUCAUUUCCAUUCUGUGGUUUUCUUUUAAGCAGAUAUAAAAACAAAACAAAACCGCACAAAAGACCAGAGACCAAAGAUCUACACAGGAGAACAUUCAUCUUCAGCACAGUUUACUAGCGAUAGACUGCUAAAAACCAAAAAUGUCUUAUGGUAAUAUUCACAAUGUGCUCAAGAAUAAGAGAACGGACAGACAGAGAAUAGAAAUGAAAUGUCAAAAUGAAGGUGAAUACAGUACACUGAAUGACUUCAAAUCAAAAAGACAACCACUUCAGUCUACAGAUCGUGAAAGAUCAAAGAUCAGAAAAUACAGACCAGCUACAGUGUGUUUGGUGCUGCUGUGUGUUUUUCUACUGACUGCAGUCAUAGUGCUGUGUGUCCUGAUUAUUACAACCAUAAAUGAACUGAAGAAGACUCUAAGUGAAGCUGAUGGAUGGAUUUACUAUAAGUCCAGUUUGUACUUCAUUUCAUCUGAGAAGAAGACCUGGAGUGACAGCAGAAGAUACUGUAGAGAGAAAGCAGCAGAGCUGAUCAUCAUUAACAACAAAGAGGAACAAGAUUUUAUUAAGAAUAAAUCUGAUAAGGAUGGACACUGGAUUGGUUUGUCUGACAGUGAUGUAGAGGGCAGAUGGAAAUGGGCUGAUGGCAGCGCACUGACCUCUGUAUUCUGGAAGACUGGAGACCCCAAUGGUGGUAUAGCAGACAACUGUGCUAAAUCUGAACCAUCAGGGUGGAAUGAUAUCUCAUGUGAUGUACUUAAUAAAUGGAUCUGUGAGAAAAAAAUUCUUAAAUAUGUUGUUAAAUGAAAUAUAUUUCAGUAAAUUCAUCCAUCUGAGCAGGCUAAAAUGUCAAACAUAUACUUGUUAGAUUACUACAGUAUAUCUUUCAGAGCAAAACUUUGUUUUUAACCGUUUCCAAAUGGUGAAUGUGGAAAAAACCUUUUGUUUCAUGUGACCUAUUUUUUAAAUUUGCAUCAGUGUGAGUAAAAUAUUGAUUAAGUGUUUUUAUUGUUGUUCAGGCUGUACAGUAGUUUAAACUAUUAGUAUAUAAAGGAGCAACUACUGGAAUAAAAUAUAUGUUUUUGGUAACAAUGUAUCUUUGGUGUUUUGUAUUUUGUUACAAUAAAGUUCAAAACUGUUUUCGAGUUAGUUCCAUUUUCCUUGUCGAUGAGAUUCCUUGACUUGCUGAGAUUUGAUAAUAUAGAUAAUCCGGCCCUGACUACAGAACCCCCCUGCCACUACGCAACAUGAUCUCACAAAGUUCCAUGGCAUUCUCACGGAUCUCCGCAUUUUUCCAUGUCCCUGCCACAGACAUUCUUUUUCGUGGCAUUCUCACGGAUUGGUUAUAACAUAUGUCAGUGUGUCACUUUAACUCUUUCACCGCCAGCGUUUUUUAAAAAAGUUGCCAGCCAGCGCCAGCGUUUUUCAUGAUUUUCACCAAAGUUUAAUGCCUUCCAGAAAAUGUUCUUCUUUGAAUAUAUAAACAUACAAUAUACCAAAUGAAAGAACAGACCCUCUGCUUUCAAACA